AUGAAUGUCACUGCUCUUCCCCAUUACACCAUCGACCAACUCGACUACUCCGGAAUCACCGUGAGAGAUAUCGAGGUCCAAUCCCAAGGUACUUCUUCCAACGUGUUCAACACCUUCUGGCAACAAUCCGACGUGGACUUGUCCAGAGGUAUGGACUUCCAGGAAAAAGGUUCCGUCUUCAUCCGCUUCACCCACCUCCAACACCAACCCUUCACUUACAAGAUCACCGUCAACAACGCCAACCCCGCAACGAAACUGGGUACUUGUCGCAUCUUCCUAGCUCUCAAAUUCGACGAAGGAGGCAGCACUUGGUCCUUCCGCAAUCAAAGACUCAUGUUCAUCGAACUGGACAAGUUCACGGUGACGCUGAAGCAGGGUGCGAACACCUUCACUCGUGCCUCCAGUGAAUCCACCGUGACUAUCCCGUUCGAAAGGACUUUCCGCGACUUGGACACCAGACGACCCGGAGCAAACACCGCAGAGUUGGACCAAUUCAAUUUCUGUGGAUGCGGAUGGCCCCAACAUUUGCUCAUUCCUAAGGGAACCGUCGAAGGAAUGGCAGGCGAACUCUUCGUGAUGAUCUCGAAUUACGGCGACGAUAAAGUGGACCAGAACAUCGACGGAGUUUGCAGCGAUGCCGGAAGUUUCUGCGGGAUCAAGGACAAGUUGUAUCCUGAUCGUCGUUCGAUGGGAUAUCCGUUCGAUAGGUUGCCACGAGAGGGCGUCAACAAUCUUCAGCAGUUCUUGACACCCAACAUGCGCGUGGGGAACGUCACCAUCAACUUCAAGGACAAGACAUUCAAACCAAAGGAGGCUUUUGUUUAAUCGGGAUUUUGAAGAUGAUCUUUGUAACGAC